AUUUUAUAGUACGGUUGGCAACCCUACAUGCAACGUCCCUACCCGAGUAAGUUAGACGAGCCGGUUACAGUGAAGUUAUACAACCGCAAGCAGUAGUACGGCGCACGCGCAGCGCAAGUACCGUGGCAGCCAAUCGAAAACCGUGACUCGGUACACAGAAAAUGGCGUCCGAAGUAAACGAAUGGUACAGAGGCAGGAAGGUGCUGGUGACUGGUGCCUCAGGCCUUAUGGGCAAGGUGCUGAUCGAGAAGCUUCUAUACAGUGUGCCCGACAUCGGCUGCGUGUAUGCCCUCGUCCGCAGCAAGAGAGGCAAGACACCAGAAUCGAGGAUAGAGGACAUGUGGAAAUUGCCUUUGUUCUCAAGAAUAAGAGAAGAGAAACCGCAUGCAAUGAAGAAGCUUGUCCCAGUUACGGGCGAUAUAAUGUACGACGAACUUGGCAUUGAAAAAGCACAACUAGAGGAAAUUUACGAUGAGGUAUCGAUAGUCUUCCAUUUUGCUGCCAGUCUUCGACUCGAAGCUCCUCUGAGAGAAGGACUUGAGAUGAACACCAAAGGAACUCUCCGAGUGCUCGACAUGGCGAAGAAAAUGAAGAAGCUCGUUUCAUUCGUGCAUCUUUCUACCGCCUUCUGUUAUCCUGAUUAUGAGAGAAUGGCUGAAAAGGUACACGACCCUCCAGCGAACCCUCACGAAGUACUCCGCGCUGCGAGCUGGUUGACCGACGACCAGCUGAACACCCUGGCGCCGUCCCUGAUGCAGUUGCACCCCAACUCCUACACGUACUCCAAGAGACUCGCUGAGGCAUUGGUCAGGGAGAGCUAUGCGGAUAUACCGACGGUUGUUGUGCGCCCGAGUAUAGUGACCCCUUCUCACAAGGAGCCGACCCCCGGCUGGGUGGACAACCUCAACGGGCCGAUCGGCUUAAUGAUAGGCGCGGGCAAGGGAGUCAUCCGUACCAUGCACUGCUACGGGCACUACCACGCCGAGGUCAUUCCCGUGGACAUCGCCAUCAAUGCCAUCAUACUCAUCCCUCACUACAUUCAUACUAAAAUUGACAGGCCAGCAGAAAUACCAGUUUUCAAUCUAACCUCCGGCGAUGACAGAGAUACCACCUGGAAGGAAGUGCUCGACGUAGGGAAGGCGACAGUGAGGAAAUUCCCCUUCGAAGGUCCACUGUGGUAUCCCAACGGAAAUAUAAGACACAACAAACUAAUACACGAACUGUGUGUGUUCUUCUAUCAUAUAAUACCUGCCUACCUUAUCGACUUCUUGAUGCUUAUAUUUGGACAGAAAAGAUUCAUGGUGCGCAUACAAAAUAGGAUCUCAGUAGGACUGAUGGUGCUACAAUACUUUACAACACGCGAAUGGUGGUUCGAUACCCACAAUUUUAAAGCACUUGCGACGAAAUUGAACCCAGCGGACUUUGCCACCUUCCCCAUGAACCUGAAGAUCAUUGAAGUGGGACCUUAUAUAGAGAGCUGCAUGAUUGGAGGCAAGCUUUACUGUCUGAAAGAGAAACUGGAGAACCUACCUAAAGCAAGAUUGCAGAAUAACAUAUUAUUUGUCCUGGAUCUUCUAGUCUCAGCAUUCUUUUAUCUACUAAUGUUAUACUGGAUGGUCCAAUUGUUUGAACCCCUGCGGAACCUAUUGACGUAUGGCGGACCGUUUGUAAGAUAUUUACCUCUUGUUGGAAAAGCUGUAUUCGGAAAUGAAUGAAGGAAGGCUCUUACUGAAAUAUAUAGUGAGUUUUAGACGCAGAACGCAUUCAACGGUAGUGGUUCUUGAUACCAGUGUAAUAAUAUAAAUAAUUGACAAAAGAUGGGGAUUUAAUAAAUAGAUCAAACUCUAGUGGAAGAUACUUCACCUACUAAAACUUACUUUUUGUCUGUUAAGUGUAGGAGUUUGAUCUAUUAUUUAUAGGAUCAACUGCAUAAGUAUUUGUAUAUAUACAUAUUAUAUGCAUAAAGCAAACAAAGAAUAAAACGUCUGUCUUAUAUGUUUUACUCACAGAGUAACCAGAGUAUGUCUUUACAAACUGCGUGCUGAAGCAGGUGAAACCAAUAAAAAAAAAACAAAAGUCACGCGUCUCCUUGACGUCACAGCAUAUACAAACUUUUUUCUUAAUUUGUAUUUUAAAAUUUAACACUAACAACAAAUACGUAAAUUAAUAUAAUAACCAAUAAAAAAAUACUCCAUCUUAUUUGUAUAGUUUCUACGAACAGUUUUUAAAACAUUUCCAAACUUAUGACGCCAUUUUUCUUGAAUAAUAUUGAAUCGGUUCGUGUCGUACUGACUCGAGAAUGUAUUACUUUUGAUUUUUGUAUUUGUGACGGGUACGACACCGUCGUGUUCCGUAUGCUCCAUCUGUAUAUUAUUGAUUAAUCUGUGGUUUUACUUUAGGUCAUUUGUAAGAGUUAAGUUAGAGGGAGCUUUAGCGCUUUAUCCAUGUUCUGUGAUUGUGAAGAUAUGUGUAUAAUCUUAGGGUGAUUUUGGAUUGGUGAAAUAAAUCUAAUUUAACUCCUAGUUUGGAGACAAAAUAAGCGAAUAUAUUUCAUUAAAGAAAAACAACCAUUUUUAUCCAUUUUAAAUAGGAACUAUGAUAAUAAUCAAUAAGCUAGAUACUACAAUUAAAUAAUAGAUUGUCAUUGGUCAUUGCCAAUAUAAAAUGUUAAUCAAAUUAUUUUCCAAUCUGUACUUAAGAGGUUUAGUCGAUAACAAAGUAUCAUAUAUUCAUAGACGCAAUUAUUAAAUUUUUGUACCAAUCACUGAUUACUUUUAAGCCUAAGCUUUAAUUGAUGUAACGUAUACUGUUACUUAGUUAAGAACAUAGACUAAAUAAUAAUAACGCAUCGAGAUCUUAUUAAAAAUAGAGACACAAUCAUAUCGAAAAUUUCACUUAAAAACAUACAUACAGCCGAACGUAGAACCUCCUCCUUUUUGAAAGUCGGUUAAAAAUUGUCUACAUUUGUAUUUUGGUAGUUUUAGAAUAGUUAAAGAAAAUUAACUCUGAAUACAUUCGCUUAAAGUUCAAUAUUAAUGCCAACUAAAAUCAGAGCAAAAUCAUUAGACGCAUCAAAAUGUUUCGUUUAUUGUUUCGGUUGAAUUUGCAAUGCGACUACUAGAAAAGUCCACCCAACAGUUGUUUUUGGCACUCAUUAAGUGAGGACGUUUUUUGGGUGCUGAUUGUGAGUCUAUUUUUAUAAGAGGUCAAUGCGAUAACAUCUAUGUAUCUACCAAUAAAUAAACUUACGCAUAUUAUGUAUGCACUUUUAUUA